AUGGCACCCCUACUAGGCGAUUGGGAGAGGUCAGCCCUGUCAGCCUCUCCAAAUGGACCAACUAAAAGCGUCUUAUAUGUCGAUGCAUACGACUCAUUCUCAUACAAUGUGGUUGCAAUGCUUGAAGAGACGUUGGCUGUGAAAGUCACUGUGAUGACCAUUGACUCCGACUGGCCCGAUGGCAAUAUGCACGAGUUUCUUCGCCAUUAUGAGGCCAUCGUGCUUGGCCCUGGACCGGGGAAUCCCAAUUUACCUAAAGAUGUCGGUAUCAUGAGAGAUAUCUGGAACCUCCAGGAAGCCGAGGUGCUUCCGAUCUUCGGCAUCUGUCUCGGCUUCCAGAGUCUAUGCUUGCACCAUGGAGUUCCGAUUGAACGCUUGCCGUAUCCACUGCAUGGUCAGGUGCAUCAUAUCUCAACAAGCUCUAAUGAUAUAUUCCACCAUCUUUCUGACAUUGAGGUGACCUUGUAUCACUCUCUUUAUGCCAAUCUCGACGCCGUGCAUGCUUCUCGUGCUUCUUCUGUGAAUGAUUUGGACUUUUUGGCCUGGUUUACCCUUGAAAAUGACUCGACCCAGGGUAAAAGAAUACCAAUGGCAGUUCGCCAUCGACAGAAGCCUUUUUGGGGAGUUCAAUUUCACCCCGAAUCAUGCAAAUCAGAAAAGGAAGCCUGCAAACAACUGCUCCAAAACUGGUGGGCAUUGGCUCUCAAAUUCAACAAAGUGAUUGGUCGUGAAGCAUACAGUGCUUUGCCUGAGACUAUCAUUACUCCUCAAGAUGAAACGUGCACAUUUCCAGAUGUUGCAUACGAUAUGUUGAGAUGGAGCUCGUCAACGUCACCUGUCUCGGCACAUCGGUCUCUUGAGCGAGGAGACUGGACCGCAGAGACCAUCAGUGAAGUCUUCAACAAGCCAGGCUCUCCGACAGUGGUCUUCCAAUCCGAUAAUCGAUAUAGCAUUGUCUCGAUCCCUAGUCCCGGUUCCUGGCGACUGGAGUACAGUGUGGAGCUGCAAAAGUUGACUUUAUAUCAAGUACAUGGCAACUACCAAGUACUUGAGAAGAGUCUAACCGUUAUUCAGCUUUGGGAUGCUCUCCGAUACUUGAUGGAUAUGAAGAAGGUCAGCUCCGGCAGUAUCCAUAGUCCCUUCUGGGGUGGAUUCUUGGGUUACUUUUCUUAUGAACUUGGCCUCUCCUGCCUUCCUCACCCCAAGGAAUCUGCCCAAACAUCUACGCCUUGCAAUUCUUCAUCAACUGGCUCCAAUGUGGAUGAUCCUCCAGACGUCAGUUUGUUGUGGUGUGAAAGAAGUAUUGUCGUUGACAAUGAGACUGGCAACAUUGUCGUACAAUCUACCCGCACCUCGGAUGACUCAACGAGUAGUUGGCUUGACGAGGCAGUUCAAUUACUCAAGGGCCAGUCUCAAAGCCAGGAUAAUACUGAAGAAUCCGACCUCGAGUUUCUAGAUUCCAUCCUCCAUCAUGGUGUCAUUUCAUUCCCCGAUGAGACUGAUUACAAAAAGCGAAUCGCAGCUUGCAAUGCCGAAUUAGAGGCCGGCGAAUCUUAUGAGCUUUGCCUCACGGCUGAGACAUCAAUCACUCUGCCAGUUCCAGCAUCAGAAUCCGACCGCGUCGUGUUCCCCUGGAAACUAUAUAGACGACUGAAGAAGUACAAUCCUGCUCGGUACAGCGGGUUCGCAAAUCUUGGCCCAGUCAAGAUAGUCAGCAGCAGCCCAGAAUGUUUCCUUGACUGGGAUCGCGUGUCUACUCUCGAGAUGAAACCCAUGAAAGGCACGGUUCGAAAGACCCCCGACAUGACACUCGCCAAGGCGAAAGAAAUCCUAUCAUCAACAAAGGAAAUGGCCGAGAACCUCAUGAUUGCCGAUUUGAUUCGUCAUGAUCUAUAUGGUAUUUGUGGGUCUGGUGGUGUGCAUGUUGAGAAAUUGCUUGAAGUGGAGGAUUAUGGUCACGUCUACUCCAUGAUCACACAUGUCAAGGGCGAAGUUCGUCCCGAUCAACCCGGGUAUUCAGUCCGCCACAUCCCGCAACUGAAGUCUUCCAAUAUGGCCGUUCAUGGUCUUACCACUUUGCAGCGCUGCUUGCCCCCGGGCUCCAUGACCGGUGCGCCCAAGGAACGCUCCUGCAUGCACCUUAAAACGAUUGAAGGACGCAGACGUGGGAUUUACUCUGGCGUCAUGGGCUACCUUGAUCUCGGGGGUGGUGGAAGCUUUGCGGUCAUGAUUCGAACGGCCUUUACUUGCUCUUCUGAUCAAGAUAAAGAGCAAAUCUGGCGAAUCGGUGCCGGUGGUGCCAUCACGACCCUCAGCACACCCGAGGGUGAAUGGCAGGAAAUGCUGACCAAGUUGCGUACCGUCGGCAAUAUUUUUGCUCCAUUCGAUGCCCGUUGA